AUGGAGCAAUUGAAGUGGCCCAAGAAGUUUGAUGCAACCAAAUUGUUGACUGAUGGGUUUAAACUAACGAAAGCUAUGCAUGACAUCAUUGUAUACCUGAGUGAACAAGCUCAUUUUGAAGAAACAAAAGUAAGACAACUACGAGUUGCUGGCAUGCUUCACAUGGGGUAUGUGGCAAUAUUAAGCCAAGAGAAGCUCCUUGAGGUGCCAGUUACAGUCGAAAAAAUAAAAGACCUUAUCAGGGUGUUGGCUAAUGUGCGGAGGCUGAAAAAAAAGAUCAUAGAUUGCAUGAGUACAGUAAGCAUAAGAACCCAAGAUCAAGCAGAUUUCUUGUGA